AUGUCUUUCUCAAAAGUUACUAAUCCCGUUCUUUCAGAACAUGAAACACCUGACGAUAAUGUCGAAGAAAAGUCAGAAAACAGUGAAAAGUUAACAAAAGAGAGUACGAUCGCGGAACAAAAACCGGAGGAGGAAAAUAGUAGCAAAGAUCCUGAUCCUGUAACUGAGUCUUCCGAGAUCAGUAAUUUAUCAACAUGGCAGGCUGUAUGGAGCAAUGAGGCACAGACGUAUUAUUAUUGGAACACGGUCACCAACGAAACAAAGUGGGAGGUCCCUCAGGAAAUGUAUACACUGUAUGACGGAUCUAUGAAUAGUAAUUCGAUAGUAUCAACAGAUCAAGCCGCAAGUGCUGUUGACGGUGCCGAGUAUACACAAGAGUACUAUCAAUAUUAUUAUGCGCAAUACGGAUAUUAUCCGGAAGGAUAUUACUACGGAUACGACCCUGCCACUUACACUUCAACCGAAACUCCCUCAGAACCGCCAAACCCUCUGGAAUCAAUCCUUGAUAAAAUAGAUAAUGAGGUUAAGUCGAAGCUUGAUGGCAAUUCCUCUUCUUCGUCCACCUCCCAGAAAAAUACAUCAACCCAACAAGAAACAUCCACCACAUCCUCAAGUACCUACGAUCAGGACACACAUGUGGAAGACUCCGAAUAUUAUUCUUUUCUUGCCCAACACGGCGAAAGCGGGGACGACUACAAGGUAACCGCCAGAUUCAACGCUCGAACCGGAAAGUUUCAGCGUGACCCGACCUUGACACCAGAAAAAUUUUCGGCUGAUUCUAAGGCGAUUCGGCAAAUGUCAUAUUUUUUUGAUUACGACAAGUUCGCAGAACAAAGAUCAAAGAAGACGAAGUUGGAUGAUUCCUCGGGGGAAAUAAAGGAGAAUAAGAAAUUGAACAAAAAGGACAUAGAAUUUUUUAAGCAAAAGAAGAAAGAGAAAAAAGAAAUGAAGAAAAAAGCAUGGUUGAUGGGAGGUGAAUAG